UCCCUCUUUGAAAGUGCCACGACGGAUUUGAUAGUGGUUUUAAACCCUAGCUAGGGUUUUAGUGUACUAGAGAUACAAAACGAGAACGACGAGUGACUUAUACAGAUCAAGGAUGAGUUUGGUAGCGGGUUCAUACGAGAAAUUCAUCUGGGGCUUCACCCUUCUCUCCAAUUCCCAAACCCUAAACCCUCUUUUUUCUUACCCUUCCCAUCUCUCCUCCAUCAAGUCCGUCGCCGUCUCCGGCCCCGUCGUGGCCUCCGGCGGCGAGGACGACACCAUCCAGCUUUAUGACCUCGCCGCCGCCGCCUCCCUCGGCUCCCUCCACACCCACUCAGCCACCGUCACCGCCCUCUCCUUCUACGCCCCUCCCCACCUCCCCUUCCCCCGCAACCUCGUCUCCGCCGACGCCAGCGGCAACCUCUCCAUCUUCGACGCCGACGGCUUUGUCCACCUCACGACGCUCUCCGUCCACCGCAAUUCCGCCAUCAAUGACCUCGCCCUCCACCCCUCCGGCGAGCGGGCCCUCACUGUCGGCCGCGACGAGUGCCUCGCCGUGGUGAACCUCGUCCGGGGGCGCCGGAACUGCUGCCUGCGCCUAGGCAAGGAGGCGAGUCUGGUCAAGUUUGAUGCCUCUGGGGAUCAGUUCUUCAUGGCGGUGAAGGAGAAGGUCUCCGUCCACCAGACCGAGGAUGCGAGGAUUCUGUUCGAAUUGGAAUGCCCAAAGCCUGUUCUCUGUGCUACACCUGCUAAGAAUGGACUUCUUUAUACUGGUGGGGAGGACCGAAAUAUCACAGCAUGGGACAUUAAGACUGGAAAAAUUGCAUAUUGCUUGGAAGAAGCACAUACUGCCCGUGUGAAAGGUAUUGUUGCACUCACAGAGAGUGAUGGUGCUACAGGGGAUGAUGACCCUUACCUAGUGGCAUCUGCGUCAUCUGAUGGCAUUAUACGAGUCUGGGAUGUUCGAAUGGCUGCUAGAGAGAAGCCACUAACUGAACAUAACACGCGGUCAAGACUGACGUGCCUUGCUGGAUCAUCUUUGAAAUUCAAACGACAACGACCCCAGGAUGGAAAAAGUAAAUCGAAGGUGGUCAAACAACAGCGUGCCCUGUCUGGAAAGAGUAAAUCAAAGGUAGAGGAUCAAACAAUUGAAGUUUAAUAGCUUUCUAGAUGGCAUUCUUGAGAAAACCAUUUUGCUUAUUGACAAAAGUGGUUUUGACACCCUUUGGAGGCCUUGACUAACUUCCCAUUGUGUUGAGAAAUCAAUUCGAUUGCUGGUUUGACCAAGUUGAUUCUAUCCAUCAGUUGCAGGAUUAUGAUACUGAUAACCCUCCCUAUCCUUUGCUCCCCUCAUUACACCCAACUACUAUAUGUUGCUGUGAGUCUUUAUCGUGUUGUUACCCUCGCAAAUUUUGUCCAUACUUCAGUUUGGCAUGUGGCCUAUUUUUGAACAAGUAUUAUAAAAGUUUGAAACAGGAAAAGUUCAUGCACUUAUAAUUUUUCAUCUAUACAAUAUCUUAUUCUCGUUUGGUCCA